AUGUCUGCAGUCUGCGAAAAAACAGACCCUCUUCAGGGUGUAUUUGGCGGGCUUCCUGGCGCCAAGUUCGACGACAUCGUCGAAUUGUGGCAUGGCCACCGGACGCCAAUCAUUAUCUGCGCACUAGUCGUUCUCGUCGUAAUUCGAAUCUAUAUCCACAAACUUGAAGAAGCAGAACCGUUGAGGGCGCUGCCGAAACAAUUCGAAAAGAGGAUUGAGCCCUUGAGCGCGAACAAGCUGCCAAGCGCUGUGAACUCCGAAAAGCCAGUCGCCAAGCCAAACGGGCCUAGGCGGAUCAAGGGUGGCAUCACCAAAAAGCCAGCAACGGAAGAAACGAAGGAAUACGACAAGAGCCGACCUAUUAAGAUGAUGGUAUUCUUCUCCUCAGUCACGACCAAGACGGAGAAGAUUGCGCAACAGUACUUGAGCACGUUGGAAAAAUCGGUUGGUCAGCUCUCUCGCGGAACGGAGCGCCAGUUUCUAAAACCUGAGCUCCACGAUCUGGCAGAGAUCGAUUUCGAGGACUUUUUUGUUAGCCCUGCCAAGACGGUCGAGGAUGCCCAUCUAUUUUACCUAUUCCUCAUUCCCAGUUACAACAUUGACACCAUCAACGACACCCUCCUGCAGCAUCUCGAAGAGACGCACCAUGAUUUUAGAAUCGACACAGCACCUUUGGCAACCUUGCUGGGGUACUCCGUUUUUGGUUUUGGAGACAAGGAAGGCUGGCCCGAUGAGGCAGACGGCUAUUGCUUCCAAGCCAAAGAGUUGGAUAGAUGGAUGUCCAAGUUGACUGGCCGCAAACGCGCAUACCCAGUCGGCAUGGGUGAUAUGAAGAGCGACCAUGCUGAGCGGUUUGACGAGUGGUCAUCGGGCGUGCAGGAAGUUAUUGCCCAUGUUGCAAGCAGCGGAACUCUAGGCGAAGGUGCUCCUGGCAGUGGUGAUGCCAUGGAAAGUGAUGCUGAAGAUGUGGCUGAGGACGAUGAUGGCGAGGUAUUGAUUGGAGAAGAUAUAUCCGGUGACGACAGGGAAUCUUCUCGACCUCUAGAUGAUGUGGAGGAUUUGGGUCGCAUGCUCCGAACAUCGGACGGCAAGGGCACUGCCAAUGGCAAGAAAGCGCCGCUUGCCGUUGACUUCACCUCAUACGGUGCAUCUUCUGCAAAGAAACGCACGCCAACAGCUCCCGUUAUCAAGGAAAUGGUCGCCAAGAAUUCACCUACAUAUGCCGCCCUCACUAAACAAGGCUACUCAAUCGUCGGCUCUCAUUCAGGAGUCAAAAUAUGUCGCUGGACAAAGUCGGCGCUGCGCGGUCGAGGAAGCUGCUAUAAGUACUCGCUAUACGGCAUCAACUCACACCAGUGCAUGGAGACGACGCCUUCUCUAUCCUGCUCCAACAAGUGUGUCUUUUGCUGGCGACACGGCACCAACCCCGUCGGGACCACAUGGCGCUGGGUAGUCGACCCCCCUGAGAUGAUCUUCGAGGGCGUUAAAGAGAACCACUAUAAGAAAAUCAAGAUGAUGCGCGGCGUGCCGGGCGUACGAGCAGAGCGAUAUGCCGAGGCCCUCAAGAUCCGCCACUGUGCACUCUCACUAGUAGGAGAACCCAUCUUCUACCCUCAUAUCAACGAGUUCCUCGCCAUGCUCCACGCAGAACGCAUCUCCUCAUUCCUAGUCUGCAACGCCCAACACCCCGACCAACUAGCGGCCCUCAAAGCCGUCACCCAGCUCUACGUCUCCAUCGACGCCUCCAACAAAGAUUCCCUCCGCAAAAUCGACAGACCGCUCCACCGCGACUUCUGGGAACGUUUCCAACGCUGCCUGGACAUUCUCCGAGAAAAACGAUUCCGUCACCGCACCGUCUUCCGCCUCACCCUCGUCAAGGGCUUCAACGUAGAAGAUGAGGCAGAAGGGUACGCGCAGCUCGUGGAGCGCGGACUCCCCUGCUUCGUCGAAGUCAAGGGCGUCACGUACUGCGGGACAUCGACCUCUUCCAACGCCGGGCUGAGCAUGUCCAACGUCCCGUUUUACUGGGAAGUUUGCGAAUUCGUCAAGGCCCUCGAGGGGAGACUCAAGGCCAAGGGCUUAAAGUAUGGCAUUGCCGCGGAACACGCGCACAGCUGCUGUAUUUUGCUUGCCAGCGAGCGCUUCUUGGUCAAUGGCAAGUGGCACACGCAUAUCGAUUAUAAGCGCUUCUUUGAGCUGCUCGAGGAGAGGGGAGCGGAUGGCGAUUGGACGCCCGAGGAUUACAUGGGUGAGCCGACUCCUGAGUGGGCGUUGUGGGGGAAUGGAGGCUUUGAUCCGAGAGACGAUCGAGUGGAUAGGAAGGGGAGAAAGAUUGAGAAUAUUGUGGUGCGAGAGGCGCCGCCGCCAGACAGCUGGUAA